UACGUGGUUAUGCCCACGUGGGUGAUUGAAAGACUUAACUUUGCUACCGGUUGUCGUGGUAAUACAAUGAAAGUUUAUAAAUUCAAAGAUGAAAAAGCAUGGAAGGAGGAGAGAUGGCUAGAAACGAUUCGGUUGGCUGUUUUAUGUGUGGAUUAAUUGUCGGAGUAGAGGUCCUUGUGCAUUUCAGGUACAAUAACAACUCAAUGUUUAUAUCCCAGGACAUAUUAGCUAGCAACAGCAAGCUAGCUAGCUACAUUUCCAUACAUGUUUAAUGCUUUUCGACCUGUCCCCAAAUGAAAGUCAUUGGUUCAGAGUUUGUUUUGAUAUUUUAACCUACGUGUGGUAGUCACGUUUGGUGUGGGGGGCAAAAUACAUUUAUGCACGAUAGCCACGCGUGCAGCCGGUUUGGGUUCCGUGUUACUGGUCUUUUUCUAUGAAGAAUCUUAAGUCAAAGUGAAUAAUAGUGAAGCAAUAGACCUUGACCUCAACCUAGACCUAUUGCCUCAUUUUUUUUGUAAUUGUGGACUGAAUAACUUCUAGGCCUUAGAUGGCAACGUUCAUUUCUUUCCGUACAUACUAUAGCAGGCUAUUUUAUGAGGGUCAUUACAAUUGUUACAACAGUAUUUCAUUUUUAUCAACACGUUUGUGCCAUAUCCUCCUGAUUGAAGGUUACUGUAAUUUAUUGAGUGGUGUGAUGCGUUCAUUCCGCUGUGAUUCCCUGUUUAUUAGUCAUCAGUGUCCUGGAUCACAAAGAAAACACGUCAUAAUGGUACAGGAAGCAACUCCACCGGUACUGUAUGUAAGACUUACCAUUAAUCUCAGACUCUCUUCCAUGCAUAAUGAUCCUGUUAUGUCUCAUGUCCACAAAGGGAAAGGGUGCGUAGAGGCGAGAAGGAAUUAUCAAGUGAUUAAAGGGGUCAUGCUGUUUUUAUAUGGCUGCUAUGAUCAGGAGUGUAUUCAUUCUGGGCCUCCCGAGUGGCACAGUGAUCUAAGGCUCUGCAUCACAGUGCUAGCUGUGCCACUAGAGAUUCUGGGUUAGAGUCCAGGCUCUGUCGCAGCCGGCCACGACCAGAAGACCCAUGGGGUGGCGCACAAUUGGCCCAGUGUCGUCCGGGUUAGGGGGGGAUUUGGCCGGCAGGGAUGUCCUUGUCCUAUCGCGCACCAGCGACUCCAGUGGCGAGCCGGGCGCAGUGUACACUGGCACUGUCGCCAGUUGUACGGUGUUUCCUCCGACACAUUGGUGUGGCUUCCCGGGUUAAGUGGGCAUUGUGUCAAAGAUGCAGUGCGCUUGGUUGGGUUGUGUUUCAGAGGACGCGUGGCCCUCGACCUUCGCCUCUCCCGAGUCUCAUCGCUGCAACUCCCGGACAGACAAGACUGUAACUACCAAUUUGGACACCACAAAAUUGGCUUGGGAUACGACUGGUGACUUGCUUUGCUCUCCGGAGCAUGCCCCCUUUGAAAGGAGUGAUAACUGGAGUGGCAUUAGGUGUUGAGGAGGAUCAACUGAUGCCUGCUGUUUGGUGUGAUGCAGAACCGGUGGAGAGCAUGGUGAAACCAAGAAGACGCUGACUUUUGAUUACCCAUCAAUGUCAGUUAUCCUGUGAGAGCUUGUUCCGAACCCAUUACAAGGUUUUAGGUGACAAGCUUAUGGUCAUGUUGCAGCAGUGUGUAGGAAGUGGAUUCCUAGAUGUGAGAAGUGUGCAGGAGUGUAUGAGACAAAGGAACAGGGAUGUAUUGCUGCCACAGCGUGGGAGAGCAGCGCUCCCUCACUCUUCAUGUCUUCGGAUCAAUUCUAAAUGAAUUCCAUGAAAACAAAACGAUACAAUGACAAAACAAAGCAACAGUAAACGUCAUCUCCCACAAAUGUUGCAGCCCCCCCUCCGGCAUUUAAUUUAGUAAAUGCCGGAUCUUUAUGGCAAGACGCAUCAUUCAUCCAAGUUUUGUCAAAAUUGGGCCAGUGGUGUCUGAUAUUGCGUGGGAUAGUUAGACUCAUAUCCCUGAGCAUGUGUGCCAUAUUUCAAACAGAUCGAGAUAUAAACAUGUGCCUCUUAGAGCGCUACAGUGUAGUUGAUAUGAAUGUUCUUACAUAUGUUGAGUCUCGACUGUGUUCGCAACAUGUGUACCAAAUUGUUACAAUAACAAUAUCCUGGAUUGAUUUAUAUGCAUUUCUGUUCCAGACCACACCCACGUGAAUGUUUAUUGGUUGUGUUUUAAGUACCAGUCUAGACAAUAUUGGUUUGAGACCUUUGUCCAUAGAUGCCAAUAAAAGAUGAGGCCUGUAAUUUUCAUCAUAGGUACACUUCAACUAUGACAGACAAGUUCAAACAGGUGCCAUUAAUACAGGUAACGAGUGGAGGACAGAGGAGCCUCUUAAAGAUGAAGCUACAGGUCUGUGAGAGCCAGAAAUCUUGCUUGUUUGUAGGUGACCAAAUACUUAUUUUCCACCAUAAUUUGCAAAUAAAUUCAUUAAAAAUCCUACAAUCUGAUUUUCUGGAUUUUUUUCCCUAAUUUUGUCUGUCAUAGUUGAAGUGUACCUAUGAUGAAAAUUACAGGCCUCUCUCAUCUUUUUAAGUGGGAGAACUUGCACAAUUGGUGGCUGACUAAAUACUUUUUUGCCCCACUGUAUAUAGGCAAUAGCAGCCUGUAGGGGAGAAAUCACUAUUUACCUAUCUUCUCUCUCUUGUGGUGGAGGGAAUGAAGGAUACCAUUCAAGUCUAUGGGGCUUCUUUUUUUUGUUGUUGCUAUGAUCCCUUACUGAUGUCACCACUUCAAUCAGAGUAGAUGAAGGGGAGGAGACAGGGUAGGUUGUAGAAACCUCAUGAUGGGUACUGGGAAAAUGUUAAUGUCAUAUAGUAGCCUAAACCUAUCGAUGUUCCACUGAGCUGGUUUGAAUGGAAUAUGAAUGACAGUCAAAUUUGUUGGAUGCGUUUUACUAUUUGUUUUGGAUGUUUCAGUUUAUUUUGUGCCCAAUAGAAGUGAAUGGUAAAUAAUGUAUCGUGUCAUUUUGGAGUCACUUUUAUUGGAAAUAAGAAUAUAAUAUAUUUCUAAACACUGCUACGUGAAUGUGAUUGCUACCAUCAGUACAGAUAGAGCUGAUGACUUGUGAAUGAGUGAGAAAGUUAGACUCACAAAUAUCAUUGUCUUAGUUGUUACAUGUUCAACUACUUAUGGAAUAAUUUUUUACUUCUCUCAUUGACUUCUCAAACCCCACCUAGUCGGCUUUGUCUGUUUCGCAAGUGUCACCUCUGGGUUUAGAAACUCUUAGUCCUUUAUCUGUCACAAAGUGUAAUGAAUUCACACUCCAAAAUAGCCCACACAGUAGGUGGCAGCAUGCACAUCUAACGUAUGUUUGCAGCCUGCCAUAAUACCAUAGAAGGAAUAGACUGAGGUUGUCACUAGUUAAACACAAAGUCAAUUAAAAUUAGAUUUUUAAGACUAAUCGUAACCACACUACAAACUGUAAAUGAAGCUAUAUUUUGUUUUAGUAAAUUUGUACGAGAUAACCUAUUUCGCCUUUGUGGCUGUGGUAACUAGCAACAACCGAAGACUACCUGCCUUCCGGUCAUGUCUAGAAGGUAUACGCAGAUAUGAGAGAUAUUUUACCAGAUGUUUAAAUGUGAAGUGUCCAUUUGGCGUUUCCACUCACCACCAAAUAGGGUGGUGAGAGGAAGCACCAUGGCCGGCAGUGGGAGAAGAUGGAUUUUGGCUUACAUUCUGCUCAUUUUCUCAUCGAUGAAACACUUGAUCUCCGUAAUUUUCUGUUCCCAAUACUAACAUCUGUUACGGACAGAGUGGACUAAGUUGUGUUGUUUAGAAGGAGUGGAAGGGUGAAUUUAGUUAUUUUUACACGCUCAAUUCAAAGUAGGCGUUCCCUGACGGAAAUAUGCAAAUACGUGCUAGAACGCGCUGAUAGGCUCUCGCUAGCUCGUCCUUCCUCUGCCCACUAGCAUUAAUUUGCUCUCAUUGGAAACGAUAGGCUGUGGUCUUUCUUGGGUUAGUUAAAUUUAAAAAACUUUGGUAUACAGUUUGGAGAAAAAAUUGGGGGCAUUUUAGCAAACACUUUGCCUAACCUUAAUCUAAUAAUGUCCUGAUGUUCUGUUACGUUAAUUAUCCAAAUAUUCUGCGUACUUUCUAACUUGCUACGAAAAGUUCAUUUGGACAAAAACAGUAUCCCUUCUAGCCAAAUCCUUGCCUUCCCGCGUCUGGGACAACUAUCAUUGUUAAACGGGGACACGGCCGUCUCAGUAUUUCUGACGACUAGCUUCCCGUUGCUGGUUAGCUUGGUUAUUAUUCUAUGCUAAUGAGUCUGAGGGCAACAUGGCUACAUCUUACAACACGUACCAGUCAGAAACAACAUCGAUUAUGGCCGUUGUUGUCGAGGCGGCAAUUACAGAAAUUAACAAACUUUGGCCAAACUCUUACGCUAACGUUAGCAAUCCGGAGAGAGAGCUUUGCACAAUUAUGAAUCUGAUGAUGGAUGAGGCUAUUCGUAAAAUCUGCCAACUAUUCCUAGUGGCUUCCUCGAGUUUACAAAAUGAGAACGUGAAACUGAAGACCAAGGUCGAGCAGAUGACCCAGUUGUUUGAAAACAAUACACAGCCUGGUAAAAGUCCUGCAAAGGUUUGCUGUAAAUCCACAGAGAUGUCUUCAUUGGAGAAUGACUCCUCUCUGGGAGACACAGAUGGACUGAAUACAGACCCCUCCCCAAGAGAGACUGAUUCCAACGUUGAGCAUAUGAGAGCUGCUCUGCCAGGGAGCAACGAGAGAGACGUCCAUGAAAGCCAGAAAAACAGCAAUACUACUAAAGGGACACGAUCCAAAGAAACCAAACGCUUCAAGUGUGAUAUUUGUGAGAAGACCUUCAGCCGGAACAAACGGCUGAUACAACACAAGCUAACUCACACAAGACCCUUCAAGUGUGAUGUUUGUGACAAGACCUUCAGCAUGGAAGGGUCACUGGAAUCUCACACACUAACUCACACAAGACCCUUCAAGUGUGAUGUUUGUGACAAGACCUUCAGCCGGAACCGCUUGCUGGUACGUCACAAGCUAAUUCACACAGGAGAGAGGCCAUUCGCUUGUGGUCAAUGUGGCAAAACAUUCAGAAUGUCCAAGCAGCUCGAACAUCACAUGUUGCGUCACAGAGAGAAAACAUUCAGUUGCAAAAUCUGUGGAAAUACAUUCUCUACCAAGAAAGAUCUGAAACGACAUCAGCUUGUUCAUGCAGUGGAGAGACCGUUCAAGUGCCUGACUUGUGACAAGGGUUUCACAUCAAGGAAACUGCUUAUUGAGCACGAGAGAAUCCACACUGGUGAAAAACCAUACAGCUGUGCUGUGUGUGGGAAGAGUUACACACAGAGUGGUGGCCUGAGUUAUCAUAUGCGAACACAUACAGGUGAACGUCCACAUUCAUGCUCAGAGUGUGGUAAGCGCUUUAUGACUAAAUCCAGCCUUGAAAGACACAAGGUAAUCCAUACAGGGCAGAAGCCAUUUACAUGUGAGACAUGUGGAGCUGCUUUCGGCCAUAAAGGAAACCUUGUGAGACACCAAGUGCUUCACACAGGGGAGAGACCAUACAAAUGUAAAUUGUGUGGGACAAGCUACCUUCAGUCCACCCUCUUAAAAGCUCACAUGCAUCGUCAUGGGGCAACCAAACCAUUUAUGUGUGACUUAUGUGGGAAGACUUUUAUGUACAAUUUUCUAAUGAGACGACACCAUCUAAAAUGGCACACAGCUGAAGGAGAGAAGCAGAAAGAACGAGAGAGAAAAGAGAGAACGAGAGAGAGAACCGCCAGGAGAGCGGGAACCUCAACAAAGCCAUUCAGUUGCGACGUAUGUUUGAACGGCUUCAGCUCCAUGCUAACUCUGAAAAACCAUCAACGAAUUCACACGGGACAAAAGCAAUACUCUUGUUCCAUUUGCGGAAAGAACUUUGCCUAUAAAAAUACUUUUGACUACCACAUGAGACUUCACAGUGGGGUGAAGCCCUACCCUUGUAAAUACUGUGAAAAGAAAUUUGUUCUUAAGCAAGCUCUAGAAGGACAUGAGCGAACCCAUACUGGUGAAAAGCCCUUCAAAUGCAGUUAUUGUGACAAGACUUUCUCAGUCGGCACCAAUCUCAAAAGGCAUGAGCGAGUCCACACGGGAGAGAAGCCAUUCAAAUGUGAUGUCUGCGGGAGAGGUUUCGGCCAAGCCAACAACGUCAAAGCCCACAUGCAAGUCCACACUGGAGUUAGGCCUUAUUAUUGCAAGAGAUGUGGAAAGGGCUUUUCUGACAUAAGACACUACAAAAACCAUAGCUGUAAUGGUGUGGCAGCAACACGUGAUCGGUCUCGUAAAUCUUCAGACCGCUCUUUCAGAAAUAAGAAAGGAGGUGAAGACAGCAGUGCUUGUCAUAAUGCUGCUGUGAUGUCGACUCAGUGAUAUAAUCUCUAUCAUUCACAGUGGGGCAACUUCCUGCUUUCAGACAUCAGGAACAACAUGGAUGUAUUCAGUAGGGUUAAAAGUUCUGGGGUGAGUUUCAAGAAAGCCUUGUAGAAAAUGAGAUGCAGGCCGCCAUAAUGCUUGGAAAGUUUAUGGUCAAUGUUCAGUCUCAGAGGCAUUGUUUAUUUCUGACAGUAUGCCGAAUUGGUUCCGAUAUGUUAUUUUUUCUAUUGUGUAAAUCAUUAAAUGUAAUUUGUGUGAAAGGA